CCUUGUCUUCUGUUGUUACAACCCUACCACCGAAGACCCACUGGUCGCUUCCUAUUUGGAUUCCACUCGAGCUGUGGCCUGAAUUGCGCGAUAUGUCACUCAGUGGCCUUCUCAAUGUAUGCCUAAUUAAUCCAUCUCCACUUUCUCCUACAUAUUUGUUGAGUAAUGGGCUCUUGCCGGUUGGUUUGUUCCCAGUCAGAAGUUCUUGUUGCUUAUUCUUUCUCAGCAAGCGAUCAUUUGACCUUCAGUGUGGAGCAAAGGCACUUAUUGAUUAAAGUCUGCAGUGGCCUGGUAGGAAUCUUUUCCGUGACACGCUGUUCAGUUUUUUGACCCGUAUAGAAGAACCAACUUCAAAAGGGUGUUGAAGAUUCGAAUCUUGUUCCUUAUGCUGAGUGCGGAAGAUUCAGAUGAUAACCGUGAUUAUUCGCUAAGGUUCUAAUUAGAACCAAAGGUUUCGAUAGCUUAUGACGAUAAUCAGUAAAAAUCUGAAAUUUAUUUUUAUUCUAUAGUGCUGAGCGUGUAGGUAUUCUUUGUGAUGUGUAAUCAUAAAUAAUUAUGUCAGUCAUUUUCAGACUAAAAAACUGAGAUGAGCAUUUUUAGCGUGUGAUGCUCUUGAUAGUAGCUCAUCUGACGAAAGCUGAAAUGUAAAAUAAUGUUUCAUUACAUCCAUUUGUCUUUCACCAAUAGCAGUAGUAGAAUAAGCGAGGUGACAUUGUUUAUCACAAUUCUGAUGAUUGUAUGUGAGUGACUACUUGCACAUGAAUUUCAUGGUGAUUUUUUAAAAGUUAAACAGCACAAUUCCAACAGAUAAGGUGUGAGGUAGGAAUUUUAUCAUAAAGAAUUUAGCGAAUCUCAAAAUUUUGGAGCUGACUGUUUAAUGUCAUAACAUUGUGUGACCGAAUUCAACUUCACUGAAAUGACAAGCACACUGAGUGUAAUAUUUCAUAGAUUGCGGAUUCAUUCACAUUUUAUUUAGUUGUAAACAUUAUCUACCUAAUCCAUCCUUCUGAUAUUCAGCGACUGCAUAUGAUAUAAUUUUGGUGGAACAUUUUUGGGUCUUCAAAGUGUGGGUGAAAGUAUACGGAAUUCUUCCCUAUAAUAACUUUUAUCUGUUAAUGUAAUUGAUUUCGGUAAAGAAAAGAUUUUCCUCAUCGUUUAAUUCGUAGAAUGGUCCCUAUUACAUGCAUUCAAGUAUCAAAUUUUCUGUGGAAUCCCAGGUUCACUUGAACCAUGUGUUGCUUGCUACUAGAGUAGAAAUCCAAGGUGCUGAUGAUGUCCACUUGUUGUUGCUUUCCUGUUUAAAGUUUAUUUUUCAGCAACUUACGGCGAUGACAUAUGCAGAAAUGUCAAGAAUUGUCGUCUGUCAAAUGGGCCAUGUCAGUUCAGUGAUUGCUGAAAGGCGUAUGAAAAAAGAAUGGUGACAAGUGUAGCAGUCUGAACACAAGCUGAUUUGCGGUCAAUGUUGACAAAUGCAGUGAUAUUACAAUUUAAUUAUUCAUCUCAGCAUUAUCGCUUUCGUUAUGAACAUGGGCUUAAUAACUACUCUGAGAUUACGACUGAGGUCCCGAAUUUAUAUCAUUUUGAUGACAUUACCAGAAAGUUAUGGAUUAAUGAAAUGUUUCUGUUCUAGUAACUUUGCUGUUCGAUUGUUUCGUUUGCAAAAGUAGAUUGAAUUGCAGUGUUCUUAUGUAUCACUAUAUGAACCUGUGUUUCCAAAAAUUAUCCUACCAUGGGUUCCGAAUUAAAAAUUGACAGUUGCCGUUUUCCUUCUUAAUUUCGAAAUUCCAUUUCUCAGAAACCGCCAUCUGGCCGAUAUGGAUUUCGAGUGUACGAAUUUGAAAAAUAAUGGUUCGAUGAUCGAUACGAGCACUGAUUGACUUACAAUAAGAUUUCUUAGUGAAAACGCACAUAUAGCAAAGAUCAUUCACGAGAUUUUCAACAGAAUUGAAAGUCAGUUAAGUGAAGUGGUCUGUUAACAAACACAUAAAUACAUCAAUUGUGAAAACAUCAAUAAAAUAUUGAAACAGAAGACUGUGAGUUUAUGAGCUUACCGUAUGCUUACAUUGUCAUAAUAUUAUACUGAGAGGGAAUAUCAGCGGAUUUUAUAAAAUUGUGUAUCUGCAUUAACAUUAUGCUAACUGUGAACUGAGGCAUGAAUUACAGUCAGAUGAAUAAUGAAUCGAAACUAGUAGGAGAUGUUGGCCACAUGAUCAUUACUUGAAUAUUUGUAUUUCUCACUGGAAGCUUAAUUUCAAGACUGGCGCAAGACGCUACGGGUUGCAUAAAUUGUUUUCGUAUCAUGUAUUUCAUCUGUAGACGUUCCUGAUGUCAUGAAAAAGUCGAAUAUAUUCAUUCAUUCGUUCAUUUUCAGACUUACAAAGCAGUCAAAAAUUGUAAUCUAAUGACAUGGUUCAAAUCCGCUGAUUUGAUGAACCCUGACAAAGAUACAAAAGAGCUGCCAAAAGCACUCUGGAUUACAGCGAUUGUGUGUGGCUGCAUUGGUACUCUCUUACACAUAGGCUUGAUAUUUAUUCGAAAGUUGCGAGCAGUCUAUCCUUUUAAUCUCAUCAUAAUAUCAGUGGCGAUCGUACUAUGGAUUAUAGUCGCCGUUGUAUACUGUCUUCAAAUACAAUGGAAAUACAACUUAAUUAUGUUGUUUUUAACAGCUCUUAUAGGAGUCUUACCAUUGUUUAUCGGACUCAAAUCAAAACGCCUAACAGAUGAAGGAUAUUUCCUCUUCUACAUACUGAGUGUGGCACUCAUUGUCAUUGGAAUUAUGUUCUACAUUUUAGAUCGAUCAAAAGAUUUUCCAUUCACUGCAAUAUCUGCCAUCUUUCUUUCCACUGGAAUAGCUUUUGGUAAAUGCACAUUGUGCUCGAACCUCUUCUGCUGUAGUCUUAUCUAUUGAGUUUAGUGCUGCUUCUAUGUUAAGAAUGACGUCCUCUCGUUUUAGUUUAUUAACUGUUACGUUGAAAUUUAGUCCUUUUUCAAGUACUUUUAUCUCGCUAGAGUUUAGUUCCCUUGAUGAGAGGUUGAUCACCCACUUUGUUCUGUCGAUAGAGGAUGAAGCAUUGAUAUCAGUUUCAUUUGUUGUGUUCUUUUCUUCUAUUAGUUUGUUGAAUUUUUUGAUUUGCGUGAUUUUUGAUUUUCUUAAUGCUGAUUCUCUAGCUUUCUUGGAUGUUUCAACAACAAUUAUAUAAUCUUUGUCAUUGAUCAUAUAUUUGAGUUUGUGUUUGAGUUUUUCAAUUUGAUUUCGUAUAUUAUUUAGUUUUACAGUAACUCGAUGUAAUUCUUCUCUUAGACAUAAUUUACUGACAUGUUCGGCGGCUGAUGUUAUUUUGUUUGAAGUAAUUGGAGUACGUAGACGUAAAUAUUUUGGAAUUAUAUGGCUUUUUUAAACAUCGACUGUUAAAAAUCCGAUGAUUUGUAAAUCUUGCUUUAGUUUGACUAAGUUGUGUGAGUUUGUUGAUAAGCUUCCUAGUAGGAAGACCAUAUGUAUCAUUGAUAUAAGAAUAAAACUUGUGCACUGUAGUAGAGUGUAAUUCCAUUAUGGGUAAAUUUUUGUUUUGA